AUGGCCGCACUGGCUCGGAGUGUGCUGACAGUGGGCGAUGGCGACCUAUCGUUCUCACUGGCGCUCUGCCGGGCGUUUGCCUCCAAUGUGCAAGUGAUUGCAACGACUUGGCUGACGGAAGAGGAACUCGAAAACCGCUACCAUUCUGCAGCCAGGGUUCGAGAGGAAUUAUUGCGGUGCGGGGCAGUUGUCCUGCACCGUGUCGAUGCCUGCAAUCUUGCCGCUUCUCUUCCCAAAGAGCGCCCCAUGGCCGUCAUUUUCAACUUUCCACAUUUGGGUGACGUUGCCGGUGAUGGCCACGAACCUAGGAGUAUGCAUGUGCGACAGCAUCAAGCACUGUUGGCACAUUUCUUCCGAUCAGCGGCGGAUCUGACGGAGGGCGAGAUCCAUGUGACCCUGUGCGGCGAGCAGCCCAGCCUUUGGGCCCUGCACAAGCUGGCCGCUGCUUCUGGGCUGCGGGAGCUGAGGAGCUAUGCCCCAGCCGCGAUAGAUGACUUCACGAAGGGCGCGUUCUCAGGCUUUCGCAUGCAACCCCCAGAGCCUGCUUGGCAAUGUCGUCGGAGGUGGCGGAAUGGAUCCUUGGGUUUUGUCCACUGGGCUUGCCGCUACGGUUAUGAACACAGGCGCCAUGAGGGCGAACAGCAGAUGAACAUUAGCAACUGCACUACAUUCGUUUUCGGGAUGAAUCCGUGCGAAUCUGUCCCGGCCAUGUCAGCCACCCUCGCUUGCUCAACUGUAUGUGGCGUGUGCCACCAAGAGUUUGAUGAUGUUGAGUCGUUGGUCCAGCACAUGCAGGCACCUGCUCUACCCAUACGUGACACGAAUGCGCACAGCUGCCCCACAUGCGGCCGAGCCUUUGGUUCACAACGAGCCCUCGAACAACAUGCGCAGUCUUGUCAGAGGACGCCGACACCCCUGAAACAAGAAUGUGGUUACAGAGACAUGGCCCAUGUCCAUGAAGCAACUGACAAAUUGGUUCGCCUGGACAUAGCCAUCACUUCAGAGGCAGGGCUCAGGCUUUCACACCUGGCACGGCAGUUUGAGAAGCUGCGACGUUACUUGACAUCAAAGGCAGCCGUGAAGCGAGCUAUUGCGAGAGGUGAGCUCACUUUGAACAGCGAACACGUCGAGGAGACCCGCAUUCUGAAGGCCGGCGACAUCGUGACACUUUGCUUAGACCGAACACGGGAGGCAUUGGAUGCAACUACGGCGCGAGCACGGGAUGUCAAGAUGGUUGCGCCCAAGGCUAUGCCCAGGGCUGACUGGCAAGUUUCGCGCUCCACAUGCCCAGAAGGCGUGGCAGUGGUUUGGAAGCCAGCUGGCAUGAGAAGUCUGGGAAGCCAUGCCGGGACCCUCCAGUCCUCCCUACCACUGUUGCCAGAAGUGUCAGAAGUGGCACGGUUCAACCGACUGCUGCCCUUGAGCCGACUCGAGAUUGGCUGCUGUGGGUUAUCUCUAGUUGCGUUGACCGCAGAAAUGCACCAGCUACUAGCCGAAUGGCUGACUUUGGGCCGUGUGGUGCACACCUUCCGUGCAAUGCUGCAUGGGUCGCUUGGCGAAGCUGGGACAACACUUGCAUUGACAGCAGAAGGCGCGGACCAUGAAGAAGCAUCGAGCACGGAGGAGUGUCCUUCGGGAGCUCAGAAGCCUGCAGCCGCUGCAGCGAAGGCAGUCAGCAAGGUGGUUUGCUACGUGGUAGCUGAGCAAAAUGGCAUGAGCAUCGUGGACCUGCAGACUGUCGCCAGUUCCGGGCGGUGCUGUGGCUCUCUUUGCCAUCUGAUGCGACGGCAGGGAACUCCUGUGGUGGGUGACAGGCUUGCCCGGCGAGCUUCCUCAGGUGGGAUUCGUGGGAAGAGAAGUGGCAGAGGCAUUGGGGAGCUUGGAGGUGUCACGACGAGCAAGAGACGGCUGCAGAUCGAAUGCGUCGGUAUUGCGGCCUCCAAUGAGGAUGGCGGAGAAUUUCUUGAUGUACGAAUUUGCCGGCAGGGGCAUACACCUUCGAAUCAUGCCAGCUCAGAGUCAGAGGACGAACCUGAAAAAGUAUGA